AUGGGGGACCACUGGCAGAGUUUGCCUCAAAACCGCUACACGGAGGCGGAGGGCAGGUUAGAAAGGGGGCAGGACGAUGAUGUCCUGGGCUUCCAGAGUGCUGUGUAUGACAGCGCAGAGUCCAAGGACCCCAAAUACCAGGACCUAAAUGGGGAGCUGGGGUUCAAAGACCAAGAAGAGGAAAUUCGCCCCAAAGAGUUGGCCGGGGAAGAAUCCCUGGAUGCCCGGGACCCAGGAGAGGCCAUCCAGGAGUUGGAGAGGGUUCUGGACAAAGAUGAGGAGGACACUGUGCCUGAGAUGAGCCAGCUAUCCAUCACCCAGAGGUUCCCUGGCACCUCCACGGCCAGAAGGAAGUAGAUGGGCAGGCGGCUCUUUGAACUGGCAAAACCCAAGAUCAUUUGGCACGUCUUGAAAGACAGGAUGGGGUGCUGCUGUAAGGGCUAUGCCUGGAUCUCCCCAUGCAUGAGGACCUUGCAGUUCUGUGUCUACUGUCCAUGGAAAGCUGCUUAGUGGGAGGGAAAGCCCUAGGGGCAGACAACUCUCAAGCUGGGGUUGUUUCCCAUUUGUGCAGCAUUGUCCCGCAGAGUGGAGGAACUGGCCCGGCCUAAAAGGUUCUACUCAGAGUUUUACAACAACAGUAGGACUACUCCCAUCUGGCCCAUCCCUCGGUCUACCUUGGAACAUCAAACAUCUAGUCACCUGAGGGAACUGGCCACACCGAAGGUCCAGAAUAACAUUUGGAGCAUAAACAUGUCUCAGGUGUCCCAGGUGUCCAGGGCAGCACAGAUGGCCAUCCCCAGUGCAAGGACCCUCCAGCUGGCAAAACCCAGAACUCCAGCCACCCUGUUGGAAAAGUGGGACCCUGUGCUGAAACCCAAGCCACAUGUGUCAGACUACAACAGGCUUGUUCACUUGGCCAUGCCAAAGGCCCAGUCAGAGAAGUGUGUUCCUGACCGAGAUCCACGCUGGGAGGUGCUAGACAUCACCAAGAAGGCAGUGGCCAGUCCAUGGGUCAUCUCCCUGGCCAAGCCCAGAGUUCGCAAGGAUCUCAACGAAGGCUAUGACCGGCGUCCCCUCGCCUGCAUGAGCUCGCCACACCCAAGAGCAUCACCAAAAAAGUAUGAGUGA